GUCCUGUCAACCAGCCGGGUGACACCAAGGCCAUGCCAGAUGAACUUUGCCGCUAUGCUUGCGUCUUGUUUGCUGAAUUGAAGCCAUAUAGGACAAACCAUCUCGUAACCAUCACUUUUCUCUACAUUGGUGCCAAAAAAUGAGGAGAGCUGUGCUUAAAGAAGCCGCCAAGCGGUUCCCUUGGUUGGCCAAUGUCACUCUGUACGGCUGCUUAUUUGCCGGCGGUGACUUUGUCCACCAGCUCAUCGCUCAGAAAGAACGCAUGGACUGGAAACACACUCGCAAUGUUGCCAUUGUGGCAAUCAGUUUUCAUGGAAACUUUAAUUACUUUUGGUUACGCGCCCUGGAGAGACGUUUCCCUGGGAAGUCCGCCGGGAUGGUUUUCCGCAAACUGCUCCUGGACCAAAGCUUCGCGUCUCCGUUGGCCACCAGUGUCUUCUAUACAGGGGUGAGCUUCUUGGAGGGGAAGGAGGACAUAUUUGAAGACUGGAGGGAGAAGUUCUUUAACACCUGGAGGACUGGACUGAUGUACUGGCCAUUCAUGCAGUUUCUUAACUUCGUCCUGAUGCCGUUGCACAUGCGAACAGCCUUCAUGGGCUGCUGCGCCUUCCUCUGGGCCACCUUCCUGUGCUUCUCACGGCAAAGCGGCGACGGAACCGCCACCGUGGCUCUGGCGUUUGUUAUGGACCCCCGUAAAACUCUGGAGGAGAUGCGUGAGGCCCGGCUGGCCCGAAAGAGGCAAAAGAUUCAGAGGGAGAACUAAAGGCAGGCAAAAGAAAGCAACUUUUGUCAUUUAGGCCUUUUGAGAUUUGGUAUUAGGAAACAAAAACAGACAUUUUACUUUUGCUAAACCAGCAUUCACAAACUGAAGACUGGACAAGGAGUUUUUAUCUGUCACAUGCGCACACAGCUGUUUGAUGUAAAUUUCAAAGGCUGAGACCACAAUGAAAAUGUGAAAUGUGAAAAAUGUGGGUGUUUAAUCAGCAGGGAGACUGACAAUUUUUUUACAUGAAAGUCUUUGAAGCUGUUAUAAACUGUUGGAGUACCCAUUUAUGUGCUGACACAACCACAGCAGACGUGGUUUCAAAUACACUUGAUGACAGGCAGCUAAAAAGACCAAAGAAAUUAGCAAAUAAGUAAAUGUUAUGACAAACCAGUGUGUUUUAGGAAAACAGUAAGAAAGUCACAAAGAAAAUACAGUCUUCACUAAGCCCUCAUCAGUGCAGCAGAUAAAAUAUCUACAUCUGAGCAAGCAGCUGGAAGAAAAGUUCAACAUCUGUUUUGUAAAAUUGAUAUUUUGGCCUGAAAACAAAGCUGCUACACAUCAUCCGUUACCAGUGAGUGACUAUUAAGAGAUUAUUGACUUUUCAAAGCUUGACAUGUUGUUUACAGCUGCAGUGAAACACAGAUGAUGUUGACUUCAAACUCUCAAACUUUUCAGCUACAAUUGAUGGUGGUUCAGCUGUGAUGGAGGCCUGUGGCUGGUUGGAGGCAUUGGUUGGUUUAAUCUGAGUCCAGGGUGCUCCUGGGACCAGAAUUAAGGUCUGGAUAUGUCUGCUUUACACCGGUUGUGCCUUUUCUUGGUGACAAGUCCGCCCCCACCAACAUGUCUGUGAGUUUGCAGUGUUUGGCUGACUGGUGAUGGUCCUUUGCAGUAAUCAAUAUAAAAUAUUAUUUUCUUUCUCUCUCUCGCUCUCUCUCUCUCUCUCUGAAUGUGUGUGUGUAGUUUUAAAUAAAGUUCACAUUGGCAGAUCAGGCUGAUAUUUUACAGUCAGCAUCCAAAAUGAAUUAUAAAUGUGGUCUGCAUAUGUAUCAGGUAUCCCCAUAUAGGAAGUUUAAAAACAUCCCUGAUGGUGGUGCUAAAAGAAGCAGAAACUCAAGCAGGGUCAUGGUGGUCAACAUCGGAUUUUCAAUCAUCUUCAAAACACUUUGUCACAGAAGAAAGUGUCUGAGGAUGCAGCCUGCUAUGAUGAUGCUUGAUGAAGGAAGAUCACUAAAAUGUUUUAAAAUGUACUCAGUUAAUGAUUUACAGUAAUUUACCUUUAACCCUGAAGAGAUCCUGGGAACAUUUUGUACCAUUUUUAUUUCCAUGCCAUUCUGGCUCUGUUGUUUAAAAAUAGCUGAAAUUUCCCAUAGCAUGUUCAUUUUUAGAUGAUCUUAUAAUUUUAAUGUCAGUUCUUUGAAUUAACCUAAACUGCCCAAGACACACAGAAACUAACAUAUUCAAUCCUAAGUACAAAAAAUAUGCAAUUGAAAACCAUUAUAAAUGCAAUUUUUGAUGCCAUAUUUAUCUUAAUAUAAACACAUGCAUUUGUUUAUGUUAAGAUUUAAUUUUGGACAACUACCCUUCUUUUUUUAUUUUUAUCCUUUACAUCAGAUUAUGCCACAUUUUUCAUAUUUCAAAGCAUGCAUAGCAUUUUAUAGGAUUUUUCCAAAAAAACAAAAGAAUUUUGUGAACAAACUGGCCUUUAAAGCACUAAAAACUACAAAUAAUGAUAAUGAUUUGAUAUGUGUAUUUCAUGCUGAAGUUGUUUUAAAAGACUGACUAAUUUAAACUGCAAAAUAUAAUAUAUAUAAUAUUUUUUUGCAAAGCUGGCUUUUUUUUGUUCUUAGGAUUAAAUGUGUGAAUCUCUUUAAAAAAAAAACACUGACACUAUCAAAAAUAACUGCUUGAAAAUCAAUAUUAAUACCAACUUUUUAUAUUUUAUGGUAACUAUUUUAGUUUUUUCAUAAUGAAAAACUGGUGUAUUGUAAACAAACUGGCCUUUAAAGGAUUACAAACUACAAAUUAUAAGUUUUACUUUGUUUGCAUAUUUCAAAAUGAAGUUGUCUUAAAACACUGACUUAUUGAAAGUGAAACAACAUAUUAAUGUACAAUAUUUUUACACCCAUUUUUGAUAGGGUGACAUUUUUUAAAAUUAGGAUAAAAUGUGUACAUUUAUUUAAGGAUCUCUUAAGAGUUAAAUGAAGAGUGAAACUUUUCACUGUUAAUGCACUUCACACAAAAAACAGCCAGCAGAGAAAAGACUAGAAGCAGGGGCAUUAUUAGCUCCCGAAAAGCCCAAAUCACCCACCUGUAAACACAAAUAUACCGUUUUUAAUUGUAUAUGUGUAGGUUGAAAAACAGUGAUACAAUAACUGAGCUUCAGCUGGGGGACUGAGGAGGUUUUACUCCCUGCUUCUGGUCUAGAAUAGAAUAGAAUGCCUUUUAUUGUCAUUAUACACAUGUACAACGAGAUUAAGCCAUCCCCAGUGUCAGUGCAGAGAGAGCAGUAUAGAAAUAAAUAAUAAAUAAAAGAUCUAAGGUAUAAAAUAUUUACAGAAAUAAAACAGAUGUGCACACUCUAGUUAUUUGCAGAUAUAAGUAUGAUGUCUAUGUCUAAUCUGCCUUCUAACUGUGGUUAUACAUCAGUGAACUACCUCUGUCUAACUUGCAAAAAUCCCAUAAGAAAAACUCAUUUUCUGUAUUGCAGAUAGAGUACUCAGCUCUCCCAUUCACAGAAAGUCGUGUUUUGUCAUUACAGUAUCAGUGUACCUACUUGUGUUGUAUCUCCUAGAAAUGUGAAGCUGCAGUAUCUUCACCCUGUUCUCUUACUUGAACCAUCUGAUUGGUUGCCAUCAGCCCAGAUACCUUAUUGUGUUAUGCAUUACUCACCUCAGCCGGACUCACUCUUGUGGAGAUUUAGCACAUCUUAUUGAUGAAAGAGAGCUUUGCUGAAAACCUAUGGCCGUGUUGUACAUACAGUAAUACUGGAUUUCAUUUGAACUAAGCCAUUUUGAAGAUAAAUGUUACCUGAAAACAUCUUAGAAAUCCUGUUUAUGUGCACAAAAAAAUUCAAUAAAUGUUAACAUUUUUCAAAAUGAUGUAUGAAAGUAUAUUAUAAUGUUAUAACUGCUUUACAACAAAUGGUGAAAAACCUCUGCUGUGGCUCAGAGUCUUUGAUGUUAUAAGAAAUAUUUUUGUGAUGUGAACACCUUGUGAAAAAGGGGCCAGAUGGUAAACCUGAAAUGAAUAAACUGGUCUCCUCUUCUGUUAAGUGAAUUGGAUUAUGUCAUGACCACAACUAGAAUGAGAUUUGAUGGGGAAAUUGUGUCUGAGUUAAGCCAUUAACAAUGAGAUUUUAAGACCGUUGAGGUGUUGAAUCUCCUCUAGCAGAUUAAGUUGGCAUCAUGUAACUAAGGAGCAUUCACUGCCAUGUUGUCUCAAUGUGACGAUACAUCAGCACAGUGAGAUUCUGUUCACUUUAUAAGCUUCACCUGUUCAACUGAUUAACACAAAUAUCUAAUCAGCCAAUCACAUGGCAGCAACUCAGGGCAUGUAGUCAUGUAGACAUGGUGAAGACAAUUUGAAGUUCAAACUUAGCAUCAAAAUGAAGAAGAAAGGAGAUUUAAGUGACUCUGAAUGUGGCAUGGUUGUUGGUCUG